AUGGAUUUGGAUGUGAGCGGUGAAAACUAUGUUAACGAUACUUCAGUGGAAAUGGCAUGGGCUUGCAAGGCAGUUGAACGUGCGCAUAUUCAUAUGAAUUUAAUUCUGAAUAGUGAUACUACGAAUUUAACUCUUCAUAAACUUCAAGAUUCUCUUUAUAAUGAAUUUCGACGCCUAUUUCCCGAAAUGAACGUGGAAACCGUAAGUGUCUCUGAAGUGGAAUUAAAAGGAACGAAUAAAGAAAUUUGGCGUAAUUACUGUGAAUUUUUCAAAGAAACGGUUGACGAAUACAAUUUAGGAACAAUUUUAAGAAUUCGUGCAGACGGUGCAUAUAGUGAAGAAAAUAGUAUAAUUGUACCUAAGGCGAUAUUUUUGGCGAUAGAGAUUGCUCGAAAUAAAGAAGGUAUCAAUGGUAAAUUGAAACAAAAAAUUAUAGAAGAAAAUAAACAGGUCAAUUUGGGCAUCUAA